AUGUGGCCUUGUACUCCAAGAGAAGAGACUCUCCUCCAACCAGCUCCAGAGACUUCUGAUCUUUUUGAUGACAUUAUUCUCCUUUCUGAUGGCCAGAUAGUAUAUCAGGGUCCUCGUGAACACGUGCUGGGCUUCUUUGAAUACAUGGGCUUCAAGUGUCCGGAGAGAAAAGGCGCGGCUGACUUCUUGCAAGAAGUUACGUCGAGGAAAGAUCAAAAGCAGUAUUGGGUACGUGAAGAUCAACCUUACAGGUUCAUCACGGCCAAGGAAUUCUCCGAGGCUUUCCAAUCGUUUCACGUGGGAAUGAAACUUGGAGAUGAACUUGGUGUUCCAUCUGAAAAAACAAAGAGCCACCCUGCUGCUUUGACAACCAGAAAGUAUGGUGCUGGAAAGAAAGAGUUGCUCAAAGCUUGCAUAUCCAGGGAAUAUCUGCUGAUGAAGAGAAACUCCUAUGUUUACAUUUUCAAGUUUAUACAUCUCACAAUGAUGGCAUUCAUUACCAUGACACUCUUUCUGAGGACCGAGAUGAAACACGAUUCGGUUGUAGGGGGAGGAAUCUAUAUGGGGGCCUUGUUUUUUGGCUUGAUUACUAUCAUGUUUAAUGGGAUGGCUGAGAUUUCUAUGACCAUUGCUAAGCUUCCCGUCUUUUACAAGCAAAGAGACCUCCUGUUCUACCCUUCAUGGGCAUAUGCUCUACCGACAUGGAUACUAAAGAUCCCUAUCUCAUUUGCAGAAGUUUCCAUAUGGGUAUUUCUUACCUAUAAUGUCAUCGGAUUUGAUCCGAAUGUUGAAAGGUUGUUUAAGCAGUACCUCAUCCUUGUUUUAGUUAACCAGAUGGCUUCGGGAUUGUUCCGAUUUAUUGCUGCAGCUGGUAGAAACAUGGUCGUUGCUAACACUUUCGGGGCAUUUGCCUUGCUCAUACUUUUUGCAUUGGGUGGCUUUGUCCUGUCACGAGAGGACAUAAAGAAAUGGUGGAUAUGGGGCUACUGGAUUUCGCCUAUGAUGUAUGGACAAAAUGCACUGAUGGUUAAUGAAUUCCUUGGAAACCAGUGGAGAAGAGUUCUUCCGGGCUCGAAUGAAUCACUGGGAAUUACAGUUUUGAUGUCUAGAGGUUUCUUCCAUGACCCGGAUUGGUAUUGGUUCGGAGUAGGGGGAUUGCUUGGAUUCAUUGUAUUGUUCAACUUCUUUUAUACUCUGGCUCUUGCCUAUCUAAAGCCAUUUGAGAAAAAUCAGGCUGUAAUAUCAGAAAAACCGGAAGGGAACGAGCAAGCCAAUGGAGUUGGUGGAAAGCUUCAGUUAUCAAACAAUGGAAGUAACUCAAGCAAUGUAACUAGAUCAGAGGCUACCACUGUUAACAAGAAAAAGGGAAUGGUUCUUCCAUUUGAACCACAUUCCAUCACAUUUGUUGAUAUUAUCUAUUCAGUUGAUAUGCCACAGGAAAUUAAAAAACAAGGUGCCAAUGAGGAUAAAUUGGUGCUAUUGAAGGGUGUUAGUGGUUCUUUCAGACCAGGCGUUCUCACAGCUCUCAUGGGCGUUAGUGGUGCUGGCAAAACUACUCUGAUGGAUGUGCUUGCUGGAAGAAAAACUGGCGGUUAUAUCGAGGGGAACAUCACCGUUUCUGGUUUCCCGAAGAAGCAAGAAACAUUUGCUCGAGUAUCUGGAUAUUGUGAGCAAAAUGACAUUCACUCUCCUCAUGUCAUAGCUUAUACAGCUGUGAGAUUACUUUUUACAACAUUCAUAGCUUUGAUGUUCGGGACACUGUUCUGGGACCUCGGGACUAAAACGAAAAAGAGGCAAGAUCUGGCCAAUGCAAUGGGCUCUAUGUAUGCAGCUGUUCUUUUCCUAGGUAUCCAAAACGCUGCAUCAAGAAAGAGCGUGCUGGGAUGUAUUCUGCCAUGCCAUAUGCCAGUGCCCAGGCAUGUAUUCUUCCUUUUUGUUUAUGUUGAAGCGUUCACUCUGGAAAGAAAGUUGUGCAAAAUGCGGUACAUUAGAACUGACUUUCGAACUCGAAAACUGCAGGUCUUAAUCGAGAUACCUUAUAUUUUUGUUCAAGCAGCCGUGUAUGGCCUCAUAGUGUACGCGAUGAUCGGUUUCGAAUGGACUGCAGCCAAAUUCUUUUGGUAUUUCUUCUUCAUGUACUUCACCUUCUAUGGCAUGAUGGCUGUGGCUGUCACACCAAACCACCACAUUGCAGCCAUAGUUUCCUCAGCAUUCUAUGGGUUAUGGAACGUGUUCUCCGGCUUCAUCAUCCCACGACCGAGCAUUCCUAUAUGGUGGAGAUGGUACUAUUACAUUUGUCCAGUAUCUUGGACACUGUAUGGUCUGGUUGUUUCACAGUUCGGAGAUAUUCGGGAUGUCCUCGAGGAUGGUCAGACAGUAGAACAAUACUUGAGAAACUAUUUCGACUUCAGGCAUGAAUUCAUUGGAGUUGUAGCAGGUGUAAUUGUUGCUUUCACAGUACUAUUUGGAGCCAUCUUCACCGUCUCCAUAAAGUUGUUUAAUUUCCAGAAACGCUAGACUUUCUUUUUUCAUU